AUGCCCAUGGUUUAUGACAGGCCACAGAAACAUUCUACCCUGCACUAUGAUCCAGGCCUCCAACAAGACUUCACCAGUGAUACCUUAAAAUCAAAGCACCAGCAGAAAAGUAGCAACCAGCACCAUCUUGACUGGUCAGCAAGCUCCAAUACUGGAUCCACUUCUCAAAGUUGCUUCAUCAAUGCAGAACCCAGUCGAGAAGCUGUUAGUGCCACCAAGGUCACUCCUCCAGAGCCAGGAGUUUCCUUCAGUAAAUCCCAAGCAAAGAAGUCAUGUGCCAGCAGCACGUGGGGGCAGCUGUCUGUCAGCAGCAAAGAGCUUGCCGUUUGCAGUGCAGUCUCAUCACCCAACACUGGUGUGACUGCUCAGCCAAGCGGUGCCUCCGAGAGCAACGGGCUGUUGCCUAUUGGUGAUCAAGACGGAGGCGUGCAGCUGGAAGCUCCUGAUCAGUCUGCUGGGAGUACAAAGAAGAAGUCCAGCAAAAAGGACUUGAUAUGUCAAACCAUCCAAACUGCUGACAUUGAGUGGAUGAAGAGCGCUCAGAAAGCAUUUGACAGCAAAUGCCAUGACAGCAUGGAAGGAAAAAAAGAAUCUUAUUCGAUGGACAGUGUGUUAGAUGCGUCACCAUCAAAACAGAAUCCCACUUCUGCUAGCAGCUGUGAAAAUGACACUAGCCAUGUACGAAUUACUAUCCCAAUAAAGUCUCCAACAACAGAUACAUCCAGCCACAAAAGGAAAAAAAGGCAGUCUACGAAAUCUUCAAUGGAGAAAGCUAUCCAAGAGAAAAGUCUGCCUUCUGGGCUUGCUAUGAGCAGUGAAGUAGCAAACAGGACUAUUUCUCAGUCAGAAGGGAGUAAAAAAGAUAUUCGAGUCACAAAGCCAGGGAAAGUGAUUGAAAAUGAGUCUCCCUUAGCAGCUAUUGACAGCAGUGUGCUUAUUGACAGAGCUUCCCCCAACAGUGCCACCAGACUCAGAAAAUCUGUAGCUGUGACAUCUACUCUCCUAUCCACUGAUCUCCCCACAGCUAACAAACUGUGUGAGGUCCAGCACCCCAAACUCACAGCUAAACGGCGAUGGACCUGCAGCAAACCUAAAUCUAUCCUUCGGGAGACCUCCAUGACCGCAUCUGAGAAGAUGAUGGUGGAACCUCCUUCAGCCUAUCCCAUCACGCCAUCCAGCCCUCUGUAUACCAAUACAGACAGUCUUACUGUGAUCACACCUGUCAAGAAAAAAAGAGGACGACCAAAGAAACAGCCUUUGCUUACUGUUGAAACCAUUCAUGAGGGAACAUCCACUAGCCCAGUUAGUCCAAUCAAUCGUGAAUUUCCAGGAACAAAGAAAAGAAAGAGGAGACGGAAUCUGGCCAAGUUGGCUCAGAUGGUCCCAGGAGAGGACAAGUCCAUCGGUGAUCUUAAGUUUCACAAAAAGGUUGGAAAGCUUGGGGUCUUGGAUAAGAAGACUAUCAAGACCAUUAAUAAGAUGAAGACCCUUAAGAGAAAGAAUAUUCUCAAUCAGAUUUUGUCCUCCUGCUCCAGCAGCAUAGCUCUGAAAGCAAAAAUCCAGCCACCAUCUAGUGCUGGGCCAACAACCAUUGAUGCCAGACUAGGGAAGCAGAUCAAUGUCAGCAAGAGAGGGACUAUCUACAUUGGUAAAAAACGGGGGAGGAAGCCAAGAGCAGAACUGCAGCCUCAACCAGAAGAACCUAAGACAGCCAUGAAGCACUCAAGGCCUGUUUCCAGCCAGCCAGAAAACCCAGCAGUGCCUUCCAACCUGCAGUCACUUGUGGCAUCGUCACCAGCAGCUAUUCAUCCGCUUUCAACACAGUUAGCAGGGACUAAUGGCAACCUUAGCCCUGCAAGCACUGAAACAAAUUUUUCAGAGUUAAAAACUAUGCCAAAUCUUCAACCUAUCAGUGCUCUUCCUACAAAAACCCAGAAAGGAAUGCACAGUGGAACUUGGAAGCUGUCUCCACCCAGGUUAAUGGCUAAUUCACCUUCCCACCUCUGUGAAAUAGGUUCUCUAAAAGAAGUUACGCUGUCACCAGUGAGUGAGUCUCACAGUGAGGAAACCAUUCCGAGCGACAGUGGGAUAGGUACAGACAACAACAGUACUUCUGACCAGGCUGAGAAAAGCUCAGAAUCCCGCCGGAGAUACUCCUUUGAUUUCUGCACCCUGGACAAUCCAGAGGCUAUCCCAUCUGACACCAGCACAAAAAACAGGCAUGGUCACCGGCAGAAACAUCUCAUUGUGGAUAACUUUCUCUCUCACGAGAGCAUGAAAAAGCCAAAGCACAAGAGGAAAAGGAAAAGCUUGCAAAACAGAGAUGAUCUCCAGUUUCUGGCAGACCUUGAGGAACUCAUCAAUAAAUUUCAAGUGUUCAGGAUUUCACAUCGUAGUUACACAUUUUAUCAUGAAAAUCCAUAUCCCAGCAUCUUCAGGAUUAAUUUUGAUCAUUAUUACCCUGUGCCAUAUAUCCAGUAUGACCCAUUGCUCUAUCUUCGCAGGACCUCUGACAUGAAGUCUAAGAAGAAGCGUGGUAGACCUGCCAAAACCAAUGACACCAUGACAAAGGUGCCUUUUUUACAAGGGUUCGGUUACCCUAUUCCCAGUGGGAGUUACUAUGCACCCUAUGGAAUGCCUUACACAUCAAUGCCUAUGAUGAAUCUUGGUUACUAUGGUCAGUAUCCAGCUCCUUUGUACCUGUCUCACACGCUCGGAGCGGCUUCCCCAUUUAUGAGACCUACCGUGCCCCCACCCCAAUUCCAUGCAAGCUCUCAUAUGAAGAUGUCCACCACUGCCAAGCAUAAAGCAAAACAUGGAGUGCACCUACAAACACCUGUGGGAAUGGGCCUUGGAGACAUGCAGUCCUCUUUGGCUCCUCCAAAGGUUGGAGGAACAAGCCUUUCAAGUAGCCGACUUCACAAAAGGAAACACAAACAUAAGCACAAGCAUAAGGACGAGAGGAUAGUGGGGACACAUGAAGAUCUGAGUGGUCUCUUUGCUAGCAAGUCCACUGGCUUCUCCAGUCACUCUAUCAAUGAAAGGCUAAGUGGCUCAGAUAAAGAUCUAUCCUUGCUCAGUGAGAAAAGCAAGCAUAAGGAGAAGCAAAAGCACCAGCAUUGUGAAACUGGACACAAAGGCUCAAAGAGCAACUUUGAAGUGGAUACGCUGUCUACCUUAUCACUUUCUGAUGCCCAGCAGUGGACACAGAGUAAAGAUAAAAGUGAUUCAAGCAAUGAUCCCAUUGACUCUUGCACAAAGAGAUACUCUGGUAAUACUGAGAGUAAUGCAAGGUCAGAGUCCCUGGACAUGUUUGGUGAAAUGAAUUCCUCGAGUGAGAAACGGGAUAAUGAUGGAAGUGGGAAUAAAAGAAGAAGUUUCGAAGGGUUUGGAACUUACAGAGAAAAGGACAUUCAGCCCUUCAGGAUAAAUAGGAAGGAUAGAAGUACUUAUGAUUCUUCUGCUUCUUCUGGAAUUGUAGGCCCCCACUUAAAAGCAGACCAGACUUCACUUCACAGUAAAAUGGAAAGUUCUGCCUGUAAUGUGAUGACCAGAAGGAAACCAGCAACUGUAGAGAGUGUUACAAUACCAACUCCAGUAUUAUCUCUCCUACCUUCUUCAUCAGCAACAUCUGAAGCAGCCAGUCCACUGCUGAAAAAAAGGUUCAAGCGCCGUGAAAUUGAAGCAAUCCAGUGUGAGGUGCGCAAGAUGUGUAACUACACCAAGAUCCUGUCCACAAAGAAGAACCUGGAUCACGUAAACAAGAUCUUGAAAGCCAAGCGGCUGCAGAGACAAUCAAAAACAGGCAAUAACUUUGUCAAGAAGCGGAGGGGCCGUCCACGUAAGCAACCUCUCUCCUUUGAUGAAGAUUCCAGAGACCAAAUGCCCGUUCUGGAGAAAUGCAUUGACCUUCCCAGCAAAAGAGGUCAGAGGCCAACACUGAAUCCAUUGCUGUUGGAGCAAGCAGCCACUCAAGACACAAUCAUGGCCACCAUUGAGGCUGUCAUACACAUGGCUCGAGAAACACCACCACCACCUCCUCCUCUUCCUCCUCCGCCACUGCCGCCCCCUCUCCCUCUGCCCCGGACACCCCGGCUUGGGAAAAGGAAGAGCAAAUCACCACAAGAGGAGGAGGAUGACAUGAAAGUGAAGCGGCACCGGAAAGGCAGAGGAAGUGAAAGCGAAGGCCUUCCCUAAGGCCAGCACACCCUGUUGGACAUCAAGUGCUGAUAGCAGGGUACGUCAGGACUGACAGACUGGAGGAAUACAGUCUGCUUUGCCCCCAAGGCAGCACUGGACUUGUCACUUGGGUGGCCAAAACUUAUUAUGGAGAGAUGGGGAUCACAUCUUCCUCUUCAUCACUUCGGUCCCAGUCCCCCAGGAAAGAGGGGGGAAAGGGU